AGCGUAGUUUCUGCGAACGCGCCUUUCGUCCUCUGCCAUUGUUGUUUGGCAUUACCGUGUGAGAACGUAGGCGGGCCAUUUUUCCACCGAACCUAUUGAUUCAAUGGGACAAACCCUAGCUCCACUAGUCGCUUUCUUUCCAGAAGGAGCCCGUAAAUGGAGGAGGAAUGUAAAUUUGAAGUCGGCUUCUGUGAUCGCUGUCGAAAUGGAACCUAACAACCAAGUGGGUGAUGAAAUCUUGUCUCUUUCAUCGUGUGAGCGCUUCUGAAUAGUGAAAAAGUAACGUAGGCCCUGUUUUGACUUGUUUUUGAUGACGUACUAUCCUAUGUUCUCUUUAUAAAAUCAGUUCAAAUCAUCAUCUUUCUAUGCAGCCAAUCUCGUCAGUCAAGUCUGUCAUUCUUACUUCAGAUUCAUGGCAGCUCAAUGGCCGGGCAAAUCCUUUCCCUGUCUGGUUAUUCUCAUCCUUUCUUCUCUGCUCAUUGCCGAGUCAUCCAUUUCCGAUCCUCAAGUUGAGGCCUUGCUGGCUUUUAAAGCCUCGAUAAACGAUGAUCCUCUUGGCGCUUUAGCGAAUUGGACAAGCUCUAUCCACCAUUGCAAUUGGACUGGAGUCUCCUGUGAUCCUUCCUCGAGUUCUGUAGUUUCAAUCAGUCUAAUUCAGACGCAACUCAAGGGUACCUUAUCUCCAUUUCUUGGCAAUAUCUCCACUCUUCAAGUGAUUGAAAUCAGUUCAAACAAACUAUAUGGAUCAAUUCCUCCUCAGCUUGGGCAAUGCUCAGAACUUACUGGGCUGGAUCUCUAUGACAACUUACUCUCGGGCUUAAUUCCUUCUCAGCUUGGAAAUUUGAAGAACCUUCAGGUCCUGGAUCUGGGUUCUAAUGUAUUAGAAGGGAGCAUACCAGAAAGUCUCUGCAACUGCACAGCUUUACAAGCUUUAGGUUUUGACAUUAAUAAGCUCACAGGUCCCAUUCCUUCUUGCAUUGGUGAUUUGGUUAAUCUGGAGUUCUUCCAGGCUAACACCAAUGGCUUGGUAGGUUCCCUCCCUCCUUCAUUUGUUAGACUGAAAAAUCUGAAAAUACUGGACCUCAGUGACAAUCAUUUAUCAGGAAUUAUACCUCCUGAGAUUGGCAACUUCUCACAUUUAUCCAUACUUCAAUUCUUCAUGAACCAGCUUGAGGGGCCAAUUCCGGCGAACUUAGGCCGGUGCACAAACCUCACACUAUUGAACAUCUAUAGCAAUAAGCUCACUGGUAGCAUUCCUUCUGAGCUUGGAAAUCUCUUCAAAUUACAAGCUUUGCGGUUGUAUGACAAUUCAUUGUCUUCUACAGUUCCUGCGUCUCUAUCGCUCUGCAAAUCUUUAGUCUUUUUAGGACUUUCUGAAAAUUUGCUAACCGGACCAAUACCUGCAGAGCUUGGUUCUUUGAGUUCACUUAAAGUUCUCACUCUCCAUGAAAAUAAACUGACAGGAGAAAUUCCUGCAACAUUUUUGAAUUUGACUAACCUCUCUUAUCUGGCUCUUAGUCUCAACUCGCUAUCUGGGCUACUUCCUUCAGAUAUGGGAUCACUCUAUAAACUGGAGAAAUUAAUCAUUCAUUCCAAUCAAUUCACAGGACCUAUUCCGGCAAGCAUUGCCAACUGCACCCAUCUCGUGAAUGCAAGUAUGACUUACAAUAGAUUUACUGGUGCCAUACCUUAUGGUUUGGGAAAAUUGGAGAACCUCACGUUCUUUCAGCAGUCAGGAUCCAUUCCAGAAGAUUUGUUCAAUUGUAGCAAACUUUCAACUUUAGAUCUUUCACAAAACAAUCUCACUGGAUUUCUGAGCCCUGCUAUUGGAAAUCUAAACAAUCUAAGAAAGUUGGGUUUAGGCUACAACUCUUUUUCAGGGAUCAUCCCUCCUGAGAUGGGCAAACUUGGCAUGUUACUGGAUUUGCAACUUGGUGGUAACAACCUAUCAGGUCAAAUCCCCUCAGAGAUUUCAAAAUUAUCAGCACUCCAGGGACUUUCUCUUGAGGCAAAUGGUUUUGAAGGAGCGAUUCCUGAGCAAAUCUUUGAAUUUAAGAAUCUGUACCGCCUGAUGAUUCAGCUCAAUCAGUUUUCUGGUAGAAUUUCUGAUUCUAUUUCCAAUCUUCAAUCACUUCAAUACUUGAAUCUCCAUGGUAACAAGCUCAAUGGUUCCAUACCAAAAGCCAUGGCCAAUCUAAAUCAACUAAUGUCAUUGGAUCUGUCCCACAAUCUCUUAACUGGAUCUAUUCCUGGAUCUGUUUUGGCUGCUUUAAAAAACUUGCAGAUAAAUCUCAAUCUGUCACAUAAUAAGUUUUCUGGUUCUGUACCAAAUGAGUUCAGUGCAUUAGAUAUGGUUCAAUCCAUAGAUAUUUCAAACAACAAUCUCUCUGGGAGCAUUCCUUCAGCAUUCAAAGGUUGUAAGAACCUACAAUACCUCGAUCUUUCUGUAAAUAUGCUUUCUGGUUCGCUACCUGCAAGUUUAUUCCCAUCAUUAAAGCUUCUUUCAAGUUUGAAUAUAUCAUAUAAUGAUCUGUAUGGAGAACUCCCAGCCAGCAUAGCUGAGCUAAAACAGCUUACCUUUCUUGAUGUUUCACAUAAUGAGUUCAGUGGUGGAAUUCCUGAGAGUUUGGGUAACCUUUCAAAACUAAAGCAUCUGAACCUUUCAUUCAACCAGUUUGAAGGUCCUGUUCCAGAGCAAGGCAUAUUUCAAACUCUAAAUGUAUCCAGCUUGCUAGGUAAUUCUGCACUUUGUGGUUCAAAGCAUUUCUCUUCCUGCAAGAGUACAAGCCGUAGGUUCUCAAAGAAGGCACUUAUCAUUGUUGUCACACUGUCAUCUUUCUGUCUGCUCUUCAUGGUAGUGCUGUCUCUUUUGAUCCCUAAACGAAGGAAACAGCAGAAUUCUAUCACACAAACUGACUUAUAUCUUAAAGCCCAAGCUUCACUUCCUCCUAUCUUGAAGAGGUUCACCCCAAAUGAGCUAGAAUCAGCUACUGGUUUAUUUAGCAGUGAAAAUGUGAUUGGUAGCAGCAAAUUGAGCAUUGUCUACAAGGGCAGGCUUGAAGGCACUGGACAGUUUAUAGCUAUAAAGAAACUGAACCUUUUACAGUUUCCUGUUGAGUCUGAUAAGUGUUUUCUCACUGAAUUGAAGACCAUGAGCCAUCUGAAGCACCGCAAUCUAGUAAGGAUUUUGGGUUAUGCUUGGGAAUCUGGAAGCCUUAAAGCUUUGGCCUUGGAGUUCAUGGAGAAUGGAAACUUGGAAACCAUCAUUCAUGACCAACAAGUAAAUCGAUCUAGAUGGAAUCUCUAUGAAAGGUUACGAGUUUGCAUCUCGAUUGCGAAUGGACUAGAUUAUUUGCACUCUGGAUACGACUUCCCCAUCGUUCACUGUGAUCUCAAGCCUUCAAACAUCCUUCUUGAUAAAGAUUGGGAAGCACAUGUUAGUGAUUUUGGGACUUCUCGCAUGCUUGGUGUUCAUUUACCCGAAGAAACGUCAUCAACAUUUCAAGGAACCAUUGGAUAUAUGGCACCGGAGUUUGCUUACAUGCGAACGGUGACCACGAAGGUGGAUGUAUUUAGCUUUGGAAUAGUCAUGAUGGAGUUCUUCACCAGGAAAAGGCCAACAGGGAUUACAGAGGAGGAUGGUGUGCCACUGACCUUGAUUCAUCUAGUAGAACAGGCUCUUGCUAAUGGACUUUAUAGUGCUCUUAGGAUAGUAGACCAUGGAAUAGAGCUUCCAGGUAAAGCUGAAGAAGAGAAGGCUGUGGGUGUUUUGCAACUAGCCUUGUCGUGCACAAAAUUCUCUGCCGAGGAUCGCCCAACUAUGAAAGAAGUAUUAUCAUCGCUGCUACAGCUUGUUGCUAUAUCGGUGUAGAGGAUCGGAUUGAUGGCUGGUAAUACCAUCUCAAAUUUUGGAAAAUGGUGUCGUUUCUGUUCUUAUUUCUCCUGUUUCAUUGUAUAGUGGCCAGCUCUAGAACAUCAUUUCAUAGUAUUAAAAGAAAUGUGUUAUUGUACAAAGUCUUGAGGUAGCGUGGCAUUGAAUUUAUAGUAUUGCUGCUCUUCUUGAAUGGAGAUUCCGGUCUCUGAGCUUCUGUAACAUUUAAAAAAUAAUUGUUGAAUUUACAUAUCUGUUAUUGCUUCUUGGGAGUAAGAACCGAUGCUGCUUUGGCAAAAUGAUUUGUAUAUUGCAUUGUCACUAAAAUGAUUAUAGCUUUUUGGUAAUUGCUACUUUGAUUGAGGUUUGCAUCAUC